AUGCUUUUUACAGUUUUCGACCCCUCCAUCCCGGAGCAAGAAACCAUCCUAACUGAUUAUGAUUUCAACAUGAUUGGCCAUUUCCGUGACAAUGACCAAUGGUUUGUCAACGACUCCGCUAUGUACAACCCACUCCGUUUCGAAGGAGAUAUUGCCAAUAGUGGUCUCAACUCCCGCUCUAUUAACACUUUUCUUGGUGAUAGCCCCUUAUUCGGGAUUUUCGGAGUACAGAGAAAUGCAGUGAGGCAGACUUAUUUGAAAUGGGAGCAAGCUCGAAUCCCAUACACAAUCAGUUCUCAAUACUCUUCCUAUAGCCGAACAAAAAUCGCAGAAGCUAUUGAAGAGUACCGAAAAAAGACUUGCAUUGAUUUUUCACCGAAAAGUGCAGGAGAUCUGGAUUAUAUUCAUAUUGUGCCAGAUGAUGGUUGCUAUUCGUUGGUUGGGAGAAUCGGUGGAAAACAACCAGUGAGUCUUGGUGAUGGUUGUAUCCAAAAAGGAAUUAUUAUCCAUGAACUUAUGCACGCUGUUGGAUUCUUCCAUGAACAAAGUCGAGCAGAUCGUGACGAGUAUGUGAAAAUCAACUGGAGUAAUGUGGAAGCAGGACUGCAGGACCAAUUUGAUAAAUAUUCGCUUAAUAUGAUCGAUCAUUUGGGGACAAAAUAUGAUUAUGGAUCUGUGAUGCAUUAUGCUCCAACUGCGUUUAGUAAGAAUGGAAAACCAACCAUUGAGCCAAUCGAGAAAAAUGUGGAAAUCGGACAGAGAACUGGAUUCAGUGAAAAUGAUAUCUACAAGAUUAACAUGCUGUAUAACUGUCCUAGUUUCACCACCACAAUGGCUCCAGUAGAGAGUUCAAAACGAGUAAAGAGCAUUACAAAGAAAGUCACAAGUGCUACUGCUAGUCCCAUCUCUAAAAAAGGAGAAAUUGGGUCCUCAAUUGGAGAUAAAGGAGAUCGAGGAGACAACUCCAUUCUGAGCUCAUUGAUUUCCAUACAUUCUGGUAAAGAAAAAUGUGAAGAUCGAAGAAAAGACUGCGAAUUCUUAGCUAGAGCUGGUCACUGUGAAAGCCGAUUCAGUGUUCGGUUCAUGACCGAGAAUUGUGCUAACAGUUGCCGAAAGUGUAAAAAUUGGUGCUACCGGUAUACAAAGAAAUUGAGACAUCGAGAAAGACGGGAUGGGUAUCUGGAAAGAUUUUUGCGGCGGGAGGAGGAUGGGUGUGUAAUUGGAAAGCAUAAUUGA